AAUCCGUCCAAGUCAGCUCCGAUUGCCCGCACGGCGCUGAGCAAUCCAAUUCAGGUCUCCGAGUUAUUUCACGUUCACCACUCCCAGCUUCACAUUCUUUUUCGCCUUGAUGAUUUCCAAAACCCAUUAAAUUUCCAACCAUACCUAAGGUCGCGCGUUUGUUUGACGGCUUCACUGUCGUCAAAUGAACCUGCAAUUGCGCAUCUCUCACUCUUUCCUUAAUCCCCCUUCGCCAGGCGUCUCCUAAAUGCCCUCCGUCUACUCAACCGUUUUCCAAAGCUUCAUCCGACAAGGAUUCUCAAAGUCUUUCACCCACGGCUACGCCCAAUCGGUCGUAGCUGCCACCCACCCUCAGCAUGUUCUAAACGCACAGAACCGCCCGUCGUUCGCACGACGGCGCAACAACAACACCACUCGCGUCGUUGGGCGGUUCGCGAACUUUGGGCUUCAGUCAGCCUUUCACACCUCCAACCUCCCCGGCGCCACCUCGCUAGACCACCAUCGUCCUGAUAAACCUGCCAGCCAUGGCGGCUUAGAUGCUUAUUUCGAGCAUCUGCAGAAAUCCCAGGCGAGCGGCGAGGCCGACAAGGAAUGGGUACAGUUCCAGUUUCCCAAGCGCAUCGAGUGGAAGCCAACGCCAGCUUCCGUCCUCCUCGGUUCCGAAAACGCCAAGACCCUUGCCCUCCAGAGCGAGGAGUCCGGUAGCCAAGAUGACGUUUCGACUGCCCCGGGUGUGCCGCCUGAGGCUAAGGCCGCCCUGGCCCACAUCGAUGCAGCGAUUGAGAAGGAGAUCGAGGCUCGCAAGAGGCUAGAGGAACUGGAAGAGAAGGUCGAAUCACUGCGAGCAACUUCCCCAGAGUUGGCAGAGAAGCUGGCCGAAGAGAUCCGGUCACGGUCUGUCACACCUUUCUCGCAGGCGCCAACGCCGGGCAGCGUUGCCCGCACUGUCACACCCCCGGUUGACCCGCGAUCUGAGACCUACUCCGACCACCUCACCAAACUCUCCGAGGCCGGACGAUAUGCCGAGAUUCCCGCCGCCUUCGAGGCCAUGCUGGUCGGUGGCGUUCGCCCCGUUGCAGCGGCUUACAAUGCCUUGCUUAUGGCCGCCAUCCACCUGCCCUCUGAGAAGUGGGAGGUUGUCACAAAGGCCCUCGAUGUCUACGCGGACAUGUUGCGCCGGAAGGUCUCGCCCGACAGUGACACCUACGACAUCCUUGUUGGCCUUCUCGCAUCUCGCUCGCUCGAGAUCGUGUCUCUCAAGCGGGUUCUCGAGGACAAGCGGCUGCGCUUCGGCGGGAUGGAUGAGCCGGGCAAAUUCAUGUUUGCCUCCCACGAGCUCGAGUAUGCCAUGUUGCUCGAGGAUGACCGCCUGGAUCUCGCCCUGAGACUGUUCGAGACCUCAGUCAUGUCGAAUAAGGCGCUGUAUUCCUCCGAGACCUACCACCAGCUCAUCUCGGCUUGUGCCCAAGCUGGCCGGGUCUCGGAUAUGCUGCAGCUAUUCGAGCACAUGGAGGCCAACCAGAUUACGCCUUUUGCUGCCACCUUCCCUGCCAUGAUCACGGCUUUUGCCAGUUCUGGAGACCUUGUCAGCGCCGUCGAGUGCUACAAUGAGUAUCGCAACCUGGCCAUCGCAAACGACAAGGGCGAGAAGACCCUCAAGGAUCGUCUCGACGCCCAAGUCUAUGCGGCCGUGAUCAACGCCUAUGUCAUUUCCGACAAGCUUGGAGGUGCCAUGAAGUUCUAUCAGAAGAUUGUACAGGAGUACGGUGUCAAGGGCUCUGAGAUCAAGGACGCCCUUAUUGCGGGUGGCUUUGUCAAGGGCUUUGUCGAGCGUGGCAUUUACCGGGAAGCUCUUCAGUGGGCCCACCGGAUCGAGAGCGGCUCGAGGGGCUCUGCAAUGGGUGAGGUCGCGACCGUUGCUGCGGAUCACGGAGACAAGCAGACGGCUGUCGCUGCCUAUGCCAACGUCGGCCCCUCGAGUGGCUCGGCGACUUCAGCCAUUGCCAUGCUCGCAAUGAGCGUGCGCGAAGGCGAUGUCGCAAAUGCUGCUCGGUAUUGGGACGUCUUGUGCCACCCCGGGGUCAAGCCAACAGCGUCCUUUAUCGAGCCCACGGCGAUGUACGCAGUCGCCAUGAUUGGCUCGGGCAAGGUUCUCGAGGGCUUGACUCAAGCAGAGCACAUGUUUCAACGAAUUCGUGAGAGCGCUCCUACCAACAAGGCGCAGCUCUCCGACGAGAUCGAGGAAGGCGCCGAUUUCAUUUCGAGGUUUAUGGCCACUCGCGGGAUUACGGAUCCCCGGACUGUUCCUCCUCCUGCCCCGGUGAUCCCCGAUGCUCCGCAGUCGUUGAAAUCGUUUCCAGCUUCGCCAUAUCCUUCAACCGCGUCAGUGAUUUCCCGGAAGCCCGAGGACAGCUUCGAUCCGUAUGCCCGCACCACUGACGUGAAGGGGUCAUUCUCCAUCGCCGAGGCGUUGGACCGUGGGCGCAAGCCUCCGAUGCUGGACGAGGCCGUUGCGCGCUUCCACAAAGUUCGCAGAGCCGGUCGUCACCCCCGCUACGCCACGUAUGCGAAGCUCAUUUCAGCCGCCGCCAGGGAAGGGAAACUGGAUCUUUGCCAGGAGAUCCUCGCACUGGCGCGUGCCGACAUUCCCCCGCUUCCUCAGUACCCCGCGGUCCGCUAUGGCUGGGCUUCUAUACUAGAUGCCAUGGUCGGAGCAUGUAUCACCUUGGGCCGCAGAAACCUGGCUGAGCAGUACCAUCAGGAGUUGCUUGCCAUGGGUUCGACCCCGUCCGCGAACACCUAUGGGCUGUAUAUUACGACGAUGAAGGAGUCGACCAAGACGUUCGAUGAGGCCUCGGAGGCUGUCAAGAUCUUCCUCCGCGCCAAGACCGAAGGUGUCGAGCCGAGCCCGUUCCUGUACAACGCGCUCAUCGGAAAGCUCGGCAAGGCCCGCCGCAUUGACGACUGCCUGUUCUACUUCGCCGAGAUGCGCUCAUUGGGAAUCAAGCCAACCUCGGUUACGUAUGGCACCAUCGUCAACGCUCUCUGUCGUGUCAGCGACGAGAAGCAUGCCGAGGAGCUCUUCAACGAGAUGGAGGCGAUGCCGAACUACAAGGCACGCGCGGCACCGUACAACAGCAUGAUGCAGUUCUUCUUGACGACGAAGCGGGACAAGGCCAAGGUCUUGGAGUACUAUGCGCGCAUGAGAGCCACGGGCAUUGCCCCUACUGCGCAUACCUUUAAGCUCCUCAUUGACACUCACGGCAUGCUGGAACCCGUCGACAUGAACGCCGCUGAGGCGGUCCUCGAGAUGAUCCGAGCGGUCGGCCAAAAGCCCGAGCCUGUCCACUACGCGUCGCUUAUCCACGCCCGCGGCUGUGUGCUCCACGACAUGGAGGGCGCCCGCCGUGUGUUCGACUCCGUCAUGGAGGACAGCAGGGUGUCGCCGAAUCCGUGUCUCUUCCAGGCCCUCUUCGAAGCCAUGGUUGCCAACCACCAGGUUGCGGCCACCGAGCCUCUGCUCGCGGAAAUGCGUGCCAGGCGUGUCGAGCUCACGCCCUACAUCGCCAACACGCUCAUCCACGGCUGGGCGGCGGAGAAGAACAUUGCCAAGGCCGAGGCCAUCUACGCUGCCGUCGGCCAGGAGCGGCGCGAGCCGAGCACCUACGAGGCCAUGACCCGGGCUUUCCUCGCCGUUCAGAAACGCGAGAAUGCUAAGGCCGUGGUCACCGAAAUGCUCAGCCGGGGAUACCCGAGCGCGGUGGUCAACAAGGUUCUGGAGCUGCUUGGAGGCCCUCAUGUUCCUCAUGCUGAGGAGGCUGCUGCUGUCGCUGCGUGAAGUUGGCAACAGUGGGUCCUCCGUUUCCCUGACAUGUUCUUUAUCUUGCUCCGUUCUCUCUGCGUUCUUGGAUUGAUACCCCCUGUGCGAAUUGGAGCUAGAUAUGUCUAUGGGUUGGUAGAUUCGGGAUUUCAGUGACUUCAGGGGGUUUAGUAUGG